AUGGCAAGGAAAGGUCUCAUAUCUGACCAACUAUCAGCACUAUGUACUUGGUGUUUUACUACCCAGGUGAGUCAUACCAACGAUGCGAUUGCCAACUGGGGAAGGGUUCUUAAACCUCGCCCACUUGAAACUGUUCCAUGCGAUUAUGAAGAGCCGUCGCUGGUAGAAAUAAUGCGGAACGUUCGAGGUGACAAGGAUGUUGGUGUCGUUUUUAUUCCAAAGUCAUUCACAUGCCGCAAAUGUUCUGGUCCACAGGUUGCUCGUCUGCCACCUCAGAUAUUACGAAAGGUUGGACUGCAAACAACGGAAAAAUCAAUCACGGACAAAGAAAUAGAGGAUGCUGAUUGUUAUGCUAUUGGUUGGGGAAUCACAAAAGGUGCGUUUUACUAA